UAAAAUCCACUUUUUUCCAUCGUUGUUGUUGUUAUUGUUAUUAUUAUUAGAAGAUUGAAUAAGAAUGGCAGCCAAUUUACAAAGUGAAAAUUCAAAUCGUGGCAUACGUUAUUAUGUAUCACAAUAUUGGCAAGAAAAUGGUGAUCCACGUUCAAAUGGUCUACCAUUGAUACGUGAAGGACCAUGGCCUACAUUAUUUGUCAUCGGUAUAUAUCUAUUUUUUGUCACACGUAUGGGACCAUCAAUGAUGCGUAAACGUGAACCAUAUCAAUUACGAUGGCCAAUGUUAAUAUAUAAUACAUUGAUGGUCAUAAUAAAUGGCUAUUUUCUUAUACAAUCAAUGUAUUGGCUAGAUUUUGGUCGUGAAUUAUUCAAUUUUAGAAUGCCACGUAUGAAUGAAUUAAAAUUACAUACAAAUGAAGCAAAAGAAUUCAUCUGGUCAUGUUAUCUAUAUUGGUUGACAAAAUUCAUCGAUCUCUUGGAUACGGUAUUUUUUGUAUUGAGAAAAAAAUACAAUCAAAUCAGCCUAUUACAUGUUUAUCAUCAUUCAGUUGUACCUAUACUUGGUUGGCUAUAUCUUUGGUAUCGUGUUGGCAUACCGGCCAUUUCAUUAUUUUCAUUUUUAAAUUCUGCCGUACAUGUUAUGAUGUAUAGUUAUUAUGCAUUGGCCGCAUUAGGUCCACGUAUACAGCCAUAUCUUUGGUGGAAACGUUAUCUAACAAUGAUACAGAUCAUACAAUUCAUACUAUUAAUAUCAUAUGGUGUUGCCGUAUUCAUUGUUUCUGAUUAUCCAUCCGGGCCAUUUUGGUUUGCCGCUAGUCAGCCGGUUAUUUUUUUCUUUUUCUUUUCACAUUUUUAUAUGAAAUCUUAUAAUUCCAAUAAAAAAUUGGAUUAA